GCGGCUGACAAGUUAGGUAGCACGGUAGCGUGGUUCUGGUUGACGUGUUGGCUUAAAGGGAGAAAACAAACAUUAUUUAACGAAAAAUCGCGACUGGCUGGUCAACGUUUCAGAUUAAAACAAAGUCAUGGGUAAAAAUUACUACACUAUCCUUGGUAUCAGCUCUGAAGCCAGUGACGAUGAAAUUAAGAAAGCUUACAGGAAGAUGGCCUUGAAGUUUCACCCAGAUAAAAACAAAGAGCCUAAUGCCGAGGAGAAAUUUAAAGAGGUGGCCGAGGCUUACGAAGUACUCAGUGACCCCAAGAAGAGAUCUGUUUAUGAUCAGUAUGGGGAAGAAGGUCUGAAGGCUGGAGGAACCUCCACAGGUGGCCCUGGCAAUACGUUCCACUACACUUUCCAUGGUGAUCCCCAUGCCACUUUUGCAUCCUUUUUUGGUGGUUCCAGUCCGUUUGAUAUUUUCUUCGGCGCUCCAGGACGCUCUAGAAUGACUACUGACUUUAUUCAUGACGACAUGGACAUUGAUGAUGAUGAUGACGACCAUGAUCCCUUCAAUGCAUUUAACCAUUUUGGUUUCAAUGGAAUGAAUGGAUUUCACCGGCGGCAUCCAAGCUCCCUCCAUACUCGGAGAAAAAUACAGGAUCCCCCUGUCAUUCAUGAACUUAGAGUAUCCCUUGAAGAAAUCUACCAUGGUUGUACUAAAAGAAUGAAGAUCACACGUAGACGGCUGAACCCAGAUGGCCGAACCACAAGGACCGAAGACAAGAUUCUGAAUGUUGUUAUUAAAAAAGGUUGGAAAGAGGGCACAAAAAUCACUUUUCCCCGGGAAGGUGAUGAAACAGCAAACAACAUCCCAGCUGAUAUUGUCUUUAUUCUGAAAGACAAACCUCAUCUCCAUUUCAAGAGAGAUGGAUCCAAUGUAGUUUAUGUCGUGAAAGUCACUCUUAGGGAAGCCUUGUGUGGCUGUACAGUUAAUAUUCCUACAAUUGAUGGCAGAGUGAUUCCCCUACCUUGCAAUGAUGUUAUCAAGCCUGGGACUGUGAAGAGGCUGAGAGGAGAGGGUUUACCGUUUCCUAAGACACCUACUCAACGCGGUGACUAUAUAGCAGAGUUUCAAAUAAAAUUUCCUGACAAAAUGUCUCAAACAACAAAAGAAAUCCUGAAGCAACAUCUUCCAAUUUCUUAGAACUCAAAUCAAAGCAAUAUUUAAUACAGUGCCAGAAGUUCGAAGAGGAGAACAAAAGGAUCAUCCAUUUUCUAAUAUAAUGUAAUCCAUUUUAAAGAAAAUUAUUUUAAGUCCGAGCAUUUCAGUUCUUUUGUAUGCUGAGCCUUGUAAUGAUAACAAUGGUAAGUGUGAAAAAGAACUGUUGAAUCUGUUUUAGUGGAAUAAUAAUCUUGAUGCAUACUGAAAUUCACCACUGUCAUGGUGGGUAUGCAGGUGUAGAUGUGGUAAACCUAUUUUAAAUAUGUUUGUAUUCGAAAACAUAUGGUGCAGUGCUACAUCUUUAAAGCUGGGUUUGUCAAUAUAGAGUAAUUAUGUAGAAACUGAAGUACCUGCAUAAUAAACUAGAGGUGGCAGUUUGAGAGAUGAGCUUUAAAUAUUAUUCUUCCAGAAAAACACUGAAUAAUUUUAAACUAGAUUAACUCUGGUUAGUAGUUUGGAAGCACAAGUCAUCACAGUGCCAUAAAAUGGUAGGGGCUUGUUGGAACCAUGGAAUAGCUGUAUGGGUUGAUAGAAGUCCACUGAAUCAAAAGUUUCAAGUCUUGUAAAGCUAUAAAAACUUGCAGCAGUAUUGAUUUAUAUUUUUUAACUUGUUCCACAAGGAGUUAAAUUAAGAGGUUAAGUCAGCAAUCAGAAUUACAUUUGGAUCUAUACAAUGAAAAUAGUGAAGGCAGAAGCAACCCUUGUACGUAGAGGAACUAUUGUUCCUUAAAAGCAAGCUUAUUUGAAACAAUGUAUAUUUGGCAUACCAUUAAUAGUGAGAAAAUGAAGUGGUUUUUAAACUAAUUGGUUAUGACAAUAAUAAACUGUGUGCACAAUUCAAGAUUUUACAUACUAAAAACUAGCAGUGUCUUGUAAAGUCAUCUGUAAGCAACAGAACAGGUAGCUUUGGAGGCUGAUAAUUUCUCAAUUUAGAACUGAACCAAGUUUCUUAAUGCUGAAAUUAUUUACAUUAAGGCAUUUUAAUAAAACUGGUAUACUCUUGACUUACCCUCUGAUCAAUUGCAAAAAAUUUCCGUUUAAUAUUUCUCACAUGUCAAAUGUUCAACUUUGUAUUUUCUUCUGUGAGUUCCUUUCUAUAAUGUCAUGAUUAAAUUUUCUACUUUCUGCUAACAGUCACUGCAGUCCUAAUAACUGAUUAAGUAUGAGUCAUUUUUGAUCUCCUUUUCUUUUCAAUAUUUGAAUUAUAUCACAUUUUAAAUUCAUCCAGUUUUCCCAACAUCACCACAAAUUUUAUGAUUAAAUUAGAUUUCAUAUUCACUUUCCAAUUACUGACCAUCUUCAUUAUUUUAUCAGUGUUUUUGUAAUAUUAUUGUACCAUGCUUUUCCUGCGCAGCCUAGCCAAACAAUUUAUUCUUGUUUGGCUCUCAGUAUGCUGAAACUCAUAUUCUAAUUCACAUCACUUUUUAAAAUAGGGCAUUGUGCUUUGUUUAUGCUAUUCUGAUGGUCAAAGUUGGUGCAGUUUCACAAUCUUAAACAAAGCUAUGUAAGCAUGCGAGAGCCAAGGGAGGGGGUUUGUUUUGGUGGUCUCUUAUGGACCCCUUCAAUUGAUAUUGAAAAAUUGCUGUGGGGAAGUGUUUGUGUUUGCACUCUAACUCUAGGGUUGCAUGUUUUUGCUGAGUAUAUCUGCUGCUAUGAAACUUUGCAUUAAAUGGAACAAUUAUUUUCAUUUAUAAUCUGGUAAAUUUAUCUCUUUAGGGGAUUACACAAACAUUUUCUAGUUUCAUCAAAAUACAAAAUUAUUAAGCAACAUUUCUGUUUACUAUCCCCCUGUCCUCCUUUAUCCUCAUUUGGUUAAACCACAUUUACUUCCUAAGGGAAAAUGCAAACUGCAUUGGCUAGAAGUUUUGCAAUGCUUCAUCCUUUUUUUUCCUGCAUUUUAUAUGUCUAAUCAAUUGUUUAAAUGUAAAACAUGGCAAUGCAAGUCUCUUUAAGUAUUCAUUUAAAAAAAUACUUAUAAAGAACGUGAGAGCAUUGCUAAUGCUGGAUAAGUUUUCUGAAUCUGCCUUUCUCACUUUACUUUGUGGAUGAGAAGUAGAGCUGACACUAGUUUUGGUUACAAAAUUCCAUUGUAUUGUACAAGUAGGAAAAUAAUGGAAGCAGUACAGGUACUGCUAGAAAAAAAAUGUGAAAUUCUUUUCCUGCAUAUUACUUUUUUUAAUUCUAAAAAGACUUUCAAAAGUAGAAAAAUCCACAAGGAUACUUUUUCAAACCUAUAAAUUGUUGACUGUUUCAAUACUUCCAUCUGUAUCUUAAUUCUUAAAGAAUAAACUGCAUUUUGACUGAA